UGGGAUAGGAGAAAAUAUCACCUGAGAAGCCAUACCAAAGGCCACCCUUAUUGUACUUUCAUUUUCCGGUGUCUCUCAUUCUUUUAAAAUCCAAACAAAAUUUUCACCAACUACCAAACCCAAUUCUCUUUUUUUCAAAUCUUCCUCUACCUCUCAACUCAGCCAUCAGCCAUGGCUUUUUCUAAUGAGCCCAACCCUCCCCACCACAACAACGUAGCCACUUUCAUCAACACUACAGCCACUAAUCUCCUUUCUCUCCUUUCCCUCCCCAAUAAAACGGCGCCGUUUCUCACCCAACCAUCCACUUCUUCCUACUCCAAACUCUCUUUCCCUCUUCCUCCUCUAAGAUUCACCGACUCUUCAGUUCGUUCACACCCCGAGUCCGCUCAGCCCGACUCUCUCUCCUCCCAAUCCGAUGUCAACGGCGUCUCCUCCCCCGAGUCCUUCCCAUCGACGGUCAGGAUUUCGGGAAUCAAUUCCAAUGGGAAGGGCGGUGGACCUGCCUUUGUGGGCCAGGUUUUCAGUAUGUGCGAUCUCUCUGGUACCGGCCUCAUGGCCGUCUCUACUCACUUCGAUAUUCCUUUCAUUUCUAAAAGAACACCUGAGUGGUUAAAGAAGAUGUUUGCAACAAUCACUAAGAGUGAAAGGAAAGGCCCUGUAUUUCGCUUUUUCAUGGAUUUAGGUGAUGCAGUUGCAUAUGUUAAGCAGCUGAAUAUUCCAAGCGGUGUGGUGGGAGCCUGUCGUCUUGAUUUGGCAUAUGAACAUUUUAAGGAUAAACCUCACUUAUUUCAGUUUGUUCCAAAUGAGAAACAGGUCAAAGCAGCCAACAAGCUUCUAAAGACAAUUCCACAGAGUGAUGGGAGAAGAAGGAUUGAUGGAGUGCCUGUUUUCAGUGCUCAAAAUUUGGAUAUUGCAAUAGCUACAACUGAUGGAAUAAAAUGGUAUACUCCAUACUUCUUUGAUAAAGACAUUCUAGAUAACAUUCUUGAAGAAUCUGUUGAUCAGCACUUCCAUUCUUUAAUUCAAACUCGACACAUGCAGCGCCGAAGUGAUGUAAUUGAUGACAACGUGGCAGCAGAGGUGAUUGAAGAGAUUGGAGAUAGUGUGUGGGAGCCUCCGGAGGUUCAAGAAGUGCUGGAUGAGAUAGGCCAUCCUGGAAUACCUUUAAGUGUCAUUUCAAAGGCUGCCGAAAUCCAGCUUCUUUAUGCUGUCGACAAAGUACUUCUGGGUAAUAGGUGGUUGCGAAAAGCUACUGGCAUUCAACCAAAGUUUCCUUACAUGGUUGACUCAUUUGAGAAUAGGAGUGCAGCAUCUUUUCUAAGAGCGUCUGAGUCGACCAGCUGCCUUGACAACUCUGAAUCAAAUGGCACUUCUGAUCAUCAACUGGAAGACAAGAGUUUAGAAAAACACGGGCAGACACCAGAUUUUCGAUUUCCUGUUGGAGAUUGGUUUAGUCAUCCAAGGUUAAAACAAGAUCGCCAACCUCAAAAGACAUGUACUAGAAAAAACACUUCAUCUAUCAAUUGCACAAAAGAAAACUUACAGCCAAAUCCUUUUCUUCCUAAAAUUACAAUGGUGGGAAUCUCAACAGGGGAAGCAGGGCGGAUGAGCAAAGCUAGUCUAAAGAAGAUGAUGGAGAACUUAACGAGAGAGUUGGAGCAAACCGAUCAGGGAAAUGCCACCAGUGGUAGUAGCAGUGAGCUCAAAACGGAAGAUAGGGAUCCACUGUUUGUGGCAAACGUAGGUGAUUAUUAUUCUGGCCUGGCAAAAACAGGAUCGGCUCGGUUUGUUCACAGAGGAAGCAACUGAAUGAACUUCACUAACCAGAUAUGUUAUUGUGGCAGUAUUUGCUAAUGCAAAAUUAUUUGAAGUUGAAGAACGAUAAGAGAUGUAAAUUUGGUAAUGUAUUUUUCUACCAAUAAAACUAUGUACCCAUUUUGGAUAAACAAAUAGGUAUACAUUUUAUGUGUGUCAUCAUAUAAUUGGUUGAUUUUGAAUUAAAGAUAAAAUAACAUUCAAUCAUAUGAUGAAACAUACAAGUGUGUAUGUAUUUAUGUAUCCAAUAUAGUAUACAUAGUAUUACCUCUUUUUCUACGGGUAAAAUGUCAUCAGUUAAUGCCCAUUUGCUUGCAAAGCCUGUCUGAAUCAGAUGUGAAGUAUGAGUGGAUGGGCAUUUGCUUGAGUUGGUGUUGCCCGUAUCCAUAUGCCUGUAUUUUUUGGAAUUUUGGUUCUUCAUACAUGAAAUUAUUGAUACCUCAACUUGUAGUUGUUCAUCAACUUAUUUAUAUCGAUAAGUUUAGAGUUUAAUUUUGAUA